AUGAUUCGGCUUGCGGAGGCAUUUUUAUCGUGGGCGGUGGCCUUCGUUUGGCGGAGACUCGCACGCCUGCUGGAGAGGCCCAUCCGCUGCAAGCGUGCGCUGCUGGUCACGGCCCACCCCGAUGACGAGACCAUGUUCUUCGCGCCAACCCUGCUGAGCCUGGACGAAGCUGGCUGCGAUACACACCUGUUGUGCCUGUCAAAAGGUGACGCAUAUGGACUAGGAGAUACAAGGAAGAAUGAACUCUUGGAUGCCUGCAACGUUUUGAAGGUGCCGCCAAUCAACGUCAAAGUCAUUGACCAUGACAAGUUGCAGGAUGGCAUGCAGGAGAUCUGGGAUGAAACGACCAUCAGCGCCCUUGUGGCAGAAGAGGUGCAACGCCAUUGCAUUGACACGAUUAUUACCUUCGAUGCACAUGGCGUCUCUGGACAUCCCAAUCAUUCAGCAACUUUCAGGGGGAUUAUGUUGUAUCUGCAAAGCCAAGAGGGACAAAAGGAACGGCCCUGCGUCUGGACUUUGGUGAGCUGCAGCGUCUUCCGCCAAUUUUCUGGUGUGGUGAACAUCCCCGCCACCUGGCUGAUAUCACAUCCUUCUGCUGCAGUCAUCCUGACUCGUGACCCUGCAGCAUCUUGGAUGGCUAUGCGUCAGCAUGCCAGUCAGUGGGUAUGGUUUCGAUGGCUGUUCAUCGCAUUUUCAUCAUAUGUGUACAUCAACGCGCUGCUGCCCAUCCAGUUCAGUUUGAGUGGGAGUCCACAAGCUGCUGCAAAGGGUGGACGCCAAUCCUCUGUUGAGCACUGUACAGGCCACAAGGCAAGGAAGGAAUGA